AUGACCGGAAAGAUCUGCGCGAAGCGAGCAAAGUGGGCCAGAGAAACGAGGAGAGUGGGGGACUGGCCCGAGGGACUCCAGUGGCAAUUCUGGACCCGCAACAAGGGUUCUGGCGAGCAGCGAGGGAGCGGUUCGUGGUCAAGAGGUCGCUCAACUCUUCGACGAGGACCACAUCGCUUCCUUCGGUUUCACUUGCUCUUGACGGGCUUCCAACCGGCUCAGGCUGUGGCUAUGGGUGCUCUGCUCAGCCGACCACGCGAGCCCGACUACGACUCCUACCUCUCCAAGCUUCAAGGCCAGAUUGCCGCGCGCCAGGCCCGGCUGCAGCAGAUCCGCCUGCGUGAACGUCGGGCAAAUGCACUCUUCAUCACGUACGGGCUCGGGCUGUGGGUGCUGUAUGCUGUGCUGUGGUACUUUGGGAUCGUGGGAGUGAGUGGAGAGGAGGACUGGCCGACUAGGGCCGCGAGAGGGGCACCUGUUAUCGGUGGACCGGUCGCCAUCAUCUGCACACGACGGGUAUCGCGAUGGUACUUUCACCGCAAGCAGGAGAAAGAGGAGGCGACCUUGAAGACGCUCGUCAAGCAGAAGCAGGACAAAGUCGAGGAGAUCAAGAAGAAGACGGGCUACUACAUGACGCGGGACUUGCUGGAAAAGUACGACGAGGCGCUGAAGAAGGGGCCCGGCGGAGCAGGCUCAGCGCCUUCUACUCCUGCGAAACAGACCGCGAAACCUGGCGCAAGGGCGACACCUCAACAAGUCCCUUUCCCCGGUUCUCCCGCGACACCCGCUCGUCCAGGCGUUCCUCCCGGCUUCGCGACGCCUCAACAGCAGCGUCCCGACCAACCUGGCACCCCUGCAACUCCCGUAAUGGCCGCCUCCGCCGCCGCACAGUCGCAGGCACACAUGGCGUUCCCUCCUAUGCCGCCUCCCACCCCUCACACCCGCUCGCUGAUGGACAAGGUCGCCGACGCGCUGCUCGGCGUCUCGCCUGAGGAGGCGAAUCCGUUCAACAAGUAUGCGCUGAUCUGCGCGCGGUGCUAUUCGCACAACGGUCUCUGCCCGAAGGAAGAGUUCGACUUUGUUCAGUACCGCUGUCCCCGAUGCGGCUACUUCAACCCACCUCGGCGCGAUCCAUCCUCAGCCUCGAACCCCUCGCUCACGACAAACGACCAAGCGCGCCAUCGCCGCGUCCACUCCGAGUUUGCACCUUCGCCUCUCAGUGCGACGUUCGGCGCGGACGCAAGGCCGUUGAGCGUGGCGUCGAGCGGGAGUGCUGAGGGAGGAAGCAGGGCGGUCGAGGAGCGCGAGGAGGACGACUCGCCAACGGAAGGACGGGUAGAGUCGGCGGGGACGGAGAGUGAGACGAAGGAGAUUAGCACGACGGCAUUGAAGAGCGGGGAGGCGAGUCGGAGGCGAGGGCGCAAGGCGGCGGAGUCGGACGAGGACAGGAUGGACACGGACGAGUAG